AUGGCCGCAAAGGACGCCGUCGAGUCCAAGAUCGCCUCGGGCAAGCACGUCGUCGUCUUCUCCAAGUCGUACUGCCCGUACUGCAGCAAGACCAAGUCGCUCCUCAAGGAACUCGGCGUCGACUUUGACGUCUACGAGCUCGACACGAUGGACGAGGGCUCCGACUGGCAGGCCUACCUCGGCGACAAGACGGGCCAGCGCACCGUCCCCUCGGUCUUCAUCGGCGGCAAGCACAUCGGCGGCAACUCGGACCUCCAGGCCCUCCACAAGUCGGGCGACCUCAAGAAGCUCCUCGCCUGA